AUGUCUCCUGUGAAGCUCUUAACUGGUCAAUUAGGAAAGGAUGGCCCUCAAGUCCCGAAGCUUGGCUUUGGCUUGAUGGGCUUGAGUGUUGGAUAUGGCAAAGUGGGAUCUGAUGAGGAACGACAUAAGAUUCUUGACCGAGCCUGGGAGCUUGGUGAAAUAUUCUGGGAUACUGCAUGUACUUAUGGGGAUAGUGAAGACCUCGUGGGUAAAUGGUUCAAGAAACAUCCUGAACGAAAACGCGAUAUCUUCCUAGCCACAAAAUGGGCGCUUGGGUUAGAGCGGACGCCUGAGGGCGCGAUCGCUAUCACCGUGGAUAGCUCCCCUGAGAAUUGCCGUACAAGCUGCGAGCGGUCUUUGAAGCGACUCGGGCUCGAUAGCAUUGACCUUUUCUAUUGUCAUCGAUUCGAUCAGAAAACCCCCGUUGAGAAGACGGUGGAGGCCAUGGUGCAGCUCAAGAAGGAAGGCAAGAUUAAGUAUCUUGGACUAUCCGAAUGUUCGUCUAACACGCUUCGACGGGCCCACGCAAUUCACCCAAUCAGCGCAGUCCAGGUCGAAUAUAACCCUUGGACAUUGGAUAUCGAAAACGAACAGGGGACUAAUUUGCUUGCCACCUGCCGGGAACUAGGAGUUGCUGUGGUAGCUUACUCGCCUCUCGGACGAGGUUUCCUGACGGGCCGUUACAAAUCUCCCGACGACUUCGAGCCGACAGAUUACCGGCGGAUGGUUCCGAGAUACAGCAAGGAAAACUUCCCGAAGAACUUGGAGCUGGUGAAAAAGUUCGAGGCGUUCGCAAACGCAAAGGGCCACACGGCAAGCCAGGUGGUGCUAGCAUGGAUUAUGGCACAGGGAGAUGACUUUUUCCCCAUCCCUGGUACUAAAUCAACUAGGUACCUGGAGGAAAACUUGGGUGCGCUAAAUGUCACGGUUUCCGCCGAGGAGAACAAGCAAGUGAGAGAACUCAUUGGAAACAUGCAAGUUGCCGGUAUUCGAAACACCCAGCUCGGAUCGAUUCCUCCUGCACAGCUCCAGGAUACUGUUCCUUUGUAAGUCUCAAUCAUUUGGAGGAAGCAGAUGGACGAACUCGUACCUAAGUCACACCAUGAGGAUCAAUAUACCUGCGUAAAAAUAUUCAUAUGUUGCAUUAUCCAUAGUAUCCACCGUAUCGUCCUAAAUGGGGGUGAUACCUAUGCCCGAUGUGUAACGAAUAAGUUGCCGGAAGAAAUCCAUGCGUCCCAUGCAGGCUAAGGUCAUGAGCAAGGCUGAAG